AAUUAAAUAAUUAAUAAUCUAAUAAACCCCAUUAAAAAAUAGCCAAUUGAAACUACCAUUUCUCCUAAAAUAACAUUUUCUUAACAUUAACAAACCUAAUUCUUUGCAAUUUAAACCCUGAUCUUAUUAGUCUCUUCCCAAGACUCUUAAUCAACACAACAUCUUAUUCAUUAUUAUUUUGUUUAUUAUUAUAUUUUAUAUAUUAUAUAUUAUGGCACCAAGGAAUGCAAUGGAAACAUGCAUGAUUUCAACAACAGAUGGAGUAAUUCUCCAAGCAAGAAUCUUCAAGCCACCCCAAGAAACCACCGUAAACGGCAGCUCAGCCACUGUAAUAGUGCUGGUGCACCCAUAUUCAAAGCUUGGUGGAUGUCAAACUCUUAUGCAAGGACUUGCAUUGAGAUUAUCCAUUAAAGGCUUCAUUGCCAUGACUUUUGACAUGAGAGGUGCUGGAAGGUCCACAGGCAGGUGUUCUCUCACUGGCUUUUCUGAAAUUGAAGAUGUCGUUUCUGUUUGCAAAUGGGUCUCCCAAAAUUUUCCUUCCAACAAGAUUUUGUUGGUGGGUUCCUCUGCAGGAGCUCCAAUUGCUGGUUCUGCAGUUGAUAAGGUAGAGGAAGUGAUUGGAUAUGCAGGUAUUGGGUACCCAUUUGGAUUGGCUGCCUCAUUUUUGUUUGGAAGGCAUCAAAACGCAAUUUUACAGUCUCCAAAACCGAAACUUUUUGUAAUGGGCACAAACGAUCAGUUUACAAGUGUAGAACAGUUAGAGAAAAAACUAUUAUCAGCUGCUGGGAGAGUGGAAGCCCAUCUUAUUUUUGGAGUUAGCCAUUUUGAAAUUGAAGGAAAUACUUAUGAUGCUCGAAUUGCAGAUGUUAUUUUUCGUUUUCUUGCAUCAUUGAAGAGACUAUAGGUGGAUAGAGAUCAACAGGUUCAUAUCAGAAAAAAUAUGUCAACAGUUCUCCAAUUCUUGGAUUGAAAUUGGAAGCUAAUUUGGAAUCCAAAAUGCAUGAUGUAAAAUUCCAGUCCUGUUUGGAUUGAGAUUGAAACUGUUUUCUCAAAAAAUUAGAAGACAAUGCUUUAGUUUUAGUGGAAAUCACAAUUAGAGAGCAUUGCUUUGCUUGAUCUCGUUGUACAGAAAAACGUUUCGUCAGCUGAAAACGUUGUCAAAUGAAUUGUAAUUAUAAUUGAUGACUUAAAAAAAAAAAAUGCAUAGUUGUGUUAAUAAAUGUUCUAAACAAAAACGUCAGAAA